AGAGUGAAAGUUGAUGACAACAUUUCCCGAUUAAGUAUUGACUGUGAACACGAUGGAGCAAACAGAAAGCUUCGAUCGGCGAAAGGCUGUGCAAAACAGCAAGUACAUUUGUGGAGUUGUUGAAGGCUUCUACGGACGUCCAUGGACCCCAGAACAGCGCAAGCAUCUCUUCAAACGUCAAAACCAAUUAGGAUUGACGACGUAUCUCUACGCACCCAAAGAUGAUAUAAAACACCGUUCUCUUUGGAGAGAACUAUAUAAUAAUGAAGAAAUGACGUAUCUUCGAAAUCUAGUGGAAAGCGCAAAGGACAACAAUGUUAACUUUGUGUAUGCAAUCUCGCCGGGAAAAGAUAUACUCUACAGUUCUGAUGAAGAAAUGGACACUUUGAAGAACAAACUCGAUCAAGUUCGAUCAGUUGGAUGUGAUUCGUUUGCUGUACUCUUUGAUGACAUCGAAGUACAAAUGCAAGACGAGGAUCAGAAACAAUUUACGUCUUUCGCCCAUGCACAAGUUCACAUCGCCAAUACCAUAUUCAAGUACCUCAACACAAAAACAUUCAUGUUUUGUCCAACGGAAUAUUGCGAGUCACGAGCGGUUCCGACGUUAGAAAGCUCUCAAUAUUUGAAUACCAUCGGAGAACAGCUAGCAGGAGACAUCCACAUUAUGUGGACAGGACCUCGUGUAAUCUCCCGAUAUCUAACUGUGGAACAUUUGGCUCGAGUGGGAAGUGUAAUGCGUCGGAAACCGCUUAUCUGGGACAACUUGCAUGCAAACGACUAUGAUUUGAAAAAGAUAUUUAUGGGACCAAUGAUGCAUCGGUCUGUCAAAAUUAAGGAGUUCACGUCUGGAUUGUUGUCCAACCCAAAUGGAAGAUAUGAAGCAAAUUUUGUUCCAUUCCAUACUUUAUCAGAUUGGAAUGCCGCUGAUCGAGAUUUGCGAGAGAGUGAGUGUUGCGAAGCGCUGCUUGUGGCUCGUAUUAAGACAACUUCAGAUGAGAGCGGAAUAUCAAGUCGUAAUGGUGUUAUAUUAAACAUUGACUGCAACACCGAAACCAUAUAUGUUCCUGAAGUGUCUCUCGUGAAUGCUGUGUCGACGUGGAUUGAUGAAUUUAUUACGCCAUCCGUCACAAAUGCACCACAGCCACCUCAAUUGACUGCAGAUGUUGCUGGGUAUGUACCAGAUCGUCGUGAAUGUGUUUGGCUUUUGGACUUGCCGGAAACUCAUGGAGUCAUUCGCCCGGAACCUGUUAUGCCCGCCGAGAUUGCAACUGAAAAUAUCAUUCAGUCGGCGGUUGCACCGGAAGAGCCUGUGCCUUCUGAGUUAAAUUCUCUGGCAGCCGAGUAUUCACAGCCUAUGGAAACGGAAGAUCCUGUGGAGAGCCAGGAAGAUGAGUCAAUGGUAUCAGUCGAUGAAGACGUCAGCGCUCCUGUUGUACUUCCUGGCCUAGCAACUACAGCUGAGGAAAUAAGAAAUCAAAGACUAUCACUGCUAUGUGCAACUUGUGAAAUGUACUAUCUGCCAUUUGAGAAUGGACCACGAGUUCAAAGCAUGUUCAAGGACUUCAGGUGGCUUAUGCAGAAUGCAUCCGUUAUGAAGAAAAGUUUUAAAGAGAUAGAAACUUUGGAUCCUCUGCAAUCGGAAUGGCUAGUGAAAUAUGAUGGUGUCAACGAGUUCCUCACAAGCGCGAUCGACUCUUUUUUUUUCAUUACACAAGCACCAAACAAGGCAAUCCUGUCAGAGAUUGUGCCAUAUGCGUUUGAUGCCCACAGUUGUUGUGUUUUACUCAUCGCAGUUGCACGUUGGAUGAUGCAGGGAAAUGCAUUGGAUAAUCCCGAAAAUAACUUGUUCGAGGAUUUUGGUUCCACUGAAGAAAGAUGGAUCAAUCAAAAUGGAUUUAGAAGCGAAACGAUGAGAGUAUUGAAUGUUGUGGAUGACAUUGAAGUUCUGUUAAGCAAUAAAAUCUUUCUACCACUUUGCAUGUUUUGCUUUGACAUCCGGCCAUUUACCAUUGCCGACAAAGAAUACAUAUCUGGGAUGGUCACCGUCAUGCUUACAACUAACCAAGAGCUUCUUCAUCGACGUGCCACCAACUUUGCGGAUCGCAACAUUAUUCCAUUCCUGUGUAGUGGUGCCGAGCACAAUUUUCUUUGUGAAAAAGUUGACGAAACUGGCCACAAAGUACGUCCAGUCUGCUACGCAUCAGCUCACUUCGAUGGCACCUUGUUCUCCAACUUCUUAAUUACGUACAAAGAAAAACUGAAAGAAAAGUACAGAGGCCUCAUUGAAGAUUCGAAGAUAGGAUCAACAAAGUUGACCGAUGAAUAUAUUGAGUUUAUUCAAAACAGCCAGACUCCAAUGGAUAUAGAGGAAUGGUAUCCAAAGAUUCCAGAUCAAAUAUUCGAAAACUAUCCCGCCUGGGUGGAAACAUAUUUUGGCAUGGACGCUAGUGAUGCUCAUCCAAUGAGGAAAGUGAUUCAAGUAGUGGCUGUUACGUUGGCGAUGAAUGGGUCGCGUGGAUAUUUCCUAACCGUAGCCAUUGACGACAUUGAACGUCAGAAAUAUUUCCUGGAACUCGGGCUCACCGACUUAGGUCUAUCCAUAUGCCAGAGAUUCCGAAUAUUCGGUCAAACUUUGCGCUCCACAUCCCGACAGUCUUCUACUUCAGAGUGAACAAUUUCUUAAACAGCGACUGUAUAAAUUAUAAAUUUAAAUGUAUACAUGUAUCAUGUUAUCACAUUUUUUUUUCUUUUCUUUUUUUAUUUUCAUAUGUAACCUAGUCAAAUUCAACGAUUUUGUUCCAACCGGGAUAUUUCACAAUUUGUGUCACUUCAAUUUCCGUUUUAUUGCCUUUUCUUUCUUUCCAUAAACGAAACUUUUUUCUGUUCAAUCAACCUGGUAAUACUUCUUUCCCGUUAUGGCUGGUUAUUUAUUUGCACUUUUUAUAACAAAUCAUGCCACAUGAGAUGUUUCGUUUGAUGUACCCACUUGCACUUCCAUUCACGUUUUUCAUUGCUUAAAAUUUAAGAAAUUUAAUUCGAAAAAUUGUUAUAAAAAAGAGUUCAAUAAAUUUUAUUGGAUU